GAAAAUUAUAGUUUCUUUGGAUCGAAAAAUGGAUCAUUAGUUUGUAAAUAACAUCAUUUCGAUAUCUCUAUAGAGUGUACAGAUCAAAAGAAGAAGAAAGGAUAUUUUUUCAUCCGAAUCAAGCAUGGGUUACCAUUCUUGCUGCAAUCAACAGAGGGUUAAGAGAGGGCUUUGGUCUCCCGAGGAAGAUGAAAAGCUCAUUCGAUACAUCACCACUCAUGGAUAUGGGUGUUGGAGUGAAGUCCCUGAGAAAGCUGGUCUUCAAAGAUGUGGCAAAAGUUGCCGCUUGAGAUGGAUUAAUUAUUUGAGGCCUGAUAUUAGGAGAGGGAGAUUUACUCCUGGGGAAGAGAAGUUGAUUAUUAGCCUUCAUGAGGUUGUAGGCAACAGAUGGGCUCACAUUGCUAGCCACUUGCCUGGAAGAACAGACAAUGAGAUAAAGAACUACUGGAACUCAUGGAUCAAGAAGAAGAUACGAAAGCCAUCAGCGGCUCUAACCAACAAUGCUCCUAGUGCCACUGACCAUUCCCACAUUAAUUAUGUUCCAAACCAACUAGAGUUAAUGAACCAGGACUUGAUGACAAGGGCAAUUCCUAAUCAUCAAGAAACCCUAUUUUCUUCUUAUCAUGCCCCAUUAUUUAUGUUCGACACGUCAAAUACACUUGAUGGGGUUCAAGUUCUUCAACAUGGUAAUACUGUAAGAGGAGAGCUUUUUAACGAAGCGGCUAAUUUAAACACUGAGGGCACUUGGAACCUGAAUCAGCAUCAAGUGCAAGCCUUCCCUUCUUCGACUUCUUUCACAGUGGAUAUGGAUUCCAACAAUUAUCUGCCGCCAUUGGUGGAUAAUAUGGAAAACUUGGGGGUACCUAUUGAAGUCCAAUCAUGUAGGAUGGAGGAGGAAGGAGAAAUGACACUUGAGUGCUUGCAGAAGCAGCAGCUGGAGUUGAACAAAUGGGUUGAAUCCCAGCAAUGUUCAAACUUUAUGUUCUGGGAACAACUCGGAGGGGAAGCAUUGCCACCCACUUCAUCAAACAUGGCAACUACACUAUCUUCAUUCCCCGCAUCUUUAUAAAUUAUUGAAAAGACCUUUGCUUUCCUUUUUCUGUUCUUUUCUGCUUUCUUUUUUGUAACUUUAUUUGGUGAUGAGCUUGUGAAAUGUGAGGGACUGCAACAUAUAUACAUAAG